AGCUCCCCCCGGCGCGAGGCCGGAGCCCCGCGGCCCGCACCCUCCGCCCGCCGCUCAGGGGCCACCUGCCUGGCGCCGGGUCCUGCCCCGCGGGGCGAAACGCGCUGCCUGCGGCCGAUGGCAGGCGGCGUCGCCCCGGCUCCCCCGGGGGGAGGCAACUUUGGUCGCGUUGCUGGAGGUGUCAUCGCGUGACCUGAGCUUUACUUAAUCUUGAAUUCCUGGCGAGUCCAGGGUCGGGUUACCAACCCUCCAGGUGUGGCCUGGAGAUUCCCGGAAUCGGCACCGACUCUUGAAAGGGACCCAGGGGACUUUAAUAGGACCUCACAGUUAAAUUCUUUCAGAAUCUUGUUAUUGGACCUUACAAGAAUCAUGCCUCUUCCAGACACCAUGUUUUGUGCUCAGCAGAUUAACAUACCCCCUGAACUCCCAGAUAUUUUGAAACAGUUUACCAAAGCUGCCAUCAGGACUCAACCUCAUGAUGUACUGCAGUGGUCAGCUGGGUAUUUCUCAGCUCUGUCGAAAGGAGAGCCCCUUCCUGUAAAGGACAGGCUUGAAAUGCCAGUAGCAACACAGAAAACAGAUACUGGGCUCACACCAGGCCUCCUUAAAGUUUUGCACAAGCAGCUUUCUCCGAAGGGCCGUGUGAGCAUGAUAGAACUAGAAAAAAAAUGGAAACAUCUAUGUUUGCCAGUGGAGCAGCUGAGAGCCCUUCUACAAUUGGACAACUUCGGUGACGAGGUGGAAUGGUUGAAAGUUCUAGCACUUGGGUGUAGUAUACUUGGUGGGUCCUUAAUGACUUCUGUGAAAUACGCCUGUGAAAUUCUAACAACUGAUCCAGAGGGUGGACCUGCUCGCAUUCCAUUUGAUACAUUCUCAUUUAUUUACACAUACCUGGCCAGUAUAGAUGGUGAGAUGCCAGACUACAAAGUUGAAGCUUUCCUCAAUGCUCUUAAGGGACAAGUGGAGCGUAAAGGAGAUCAGGUUGGCGUUUCAGAUUUCUUCAUUCCAUCAAAGAAGUCUUAAGAGAAAGAUGACAAGGAUUUUCUGGAAGUAAAUGCCACCAAUUCAGAGCAGAACUUAAUAAAGUCACACAAAGUUUAGCAUUAGCAGUCACCACAAAAUAUAGACUUUGAUUUACCAAUA